GGUUGAUCCCCGUUUCCAGAAAAAACGCUUUGCACUGGUCCAACACUCCCUCCACUUCUCGCCAUUUUUCAGAAUAAAAGAAUUAUGGGUUCGGGCGGAGCUUAAAGAACAGAACUCGCACGGCCAACAGCCGCAGCAGCAGUACAAUUGAUGCCGGUCUAUUUCAGUGGGUUUCUAACGCAACCCGACUGGACACAACUUGGGAGUCCAUAGCAGGCACUUCCAAUUUGAAUGCAAAAAUGUCAAAAUCUCCAUCUGUUAUCACUCCCAUCAAAUUGAUAACAUUGUCCUUCUUGGUAUUUCUAUUCUUCAUACUUCAAAUUUCUUCUCCAGUAUCCGCUAUCAGGAAGGAUGUAAGUCUUCAAGAUAGAUAUACCUGUAGAACUACAGUUCAAGGAAGAUUUUUGAUUGCUGAUGAUAUGGGUCAAGUCUGUGAUGUGCUGUCCAUUGAUCCACAUUCUCGCUGCUGCCGUGGAAAAAGAGAGCAAUUUGCUUGUCACGGUUGCAAUCUUGUUUCACAGUGUUGCAACUCCUAUGAAUUUUGUGUUUCUUGCUGUCUGAAUCCAUCUAGGACACAAAAGGACCUGGCUUUAAAUGUCAAGAUAGCUAAGCCUGUAACAGCAGGGACCUAUUCAAGCCUUUUUGAUUUUUGCAUGGGAAGAUGCCGUCACAAUUCAGAGAGUGUGGUUCAUGAAAACGCUUAUCUCAGUGAAUUUCAUCAUUGUUUCUCUAUACCAUCUAAUUCUUCUGGUUCUUCUGGUGCACAAGCUGAAGCAAGACUGGCUGGUAUAAAUAUUGUGAUAGGAAGACAAGGCGAAUCAUGCAAUUCAGUGUGCAAAUCAAGUGGUCAAUCUUGUGUUCCCAACAAAUUCUUAUUGCUCAACCAGUGCGAGACGAUGCAAAAGUACUUGGGCUGCAAAGGUGGAUGUCUGGCAAGUGUCGGAUCAGAUCAGCCUGCUGAAGUAGUUGAUGAUGCCCCCAGAGAUCUGAACCCCGGAGCCUGCUUGUACACCUCGCAACAGUCGAUGCUAUCUUGUGAUGGAUCGCAUCAGCAUACGAAGAGGCUCUGCCCCUGCGCAUAGUGUGGGAGGACGAGGCAGCCAGGGAAUUCCACACAAUUCAACAAUAUAUUGGGGUUUUGUGACCGGUACAUUUGCUUGAUAUUUAGAGAUAAAUCAUUCACUAGAGGUAAGCAAGAAUGGCUCUUUUACAAUGAGCACAUAGUUAUGAAUGUGAUAUACUCGAUGUGACUAUCUAAAUCAUUAUUUUCUUAUUCUUUUUUCAUUACGUCGGAUAUUAGGAAAGGAUGGAAAUAUCUGACUAGCAUGCAAUGAGUUGGAAUUGCUUAAAUAGUUAAGACUGAAAUCAUAAAACUAUCUCAUGAUAUAGCUUUAACCUAUUAUAAGAAAAUAAGCUAUUUUAUCAGGUUACAAAUACAUUUGUAGCAAGACCCCACUGAGUAGGUAGGUAUAGCUGAUGUAAAUCCCCUCCAUAAUAAAGAUAUUCUUGU